AUGAAAUACAGUGACAACAUUGCGAGAGACUGUAGUACAAGUGUGGCCAGGGCCUCAUCAAUCUUAUGCCGAAUCCUACCGAUGGGACUCAGGUAUGACGUAUCGCCAGUGGAUAAAAAUGAUGGCAAAACAGUUGAAGUGGUAUUUUCAUCACAAUCUACCGAUGCUAUAGUCUAUGUGACCGUAGUUUUGAUCGUCUAUAUCGUCAUAUUUUUGAUUUUGGUUAUCACAAGCUAUCGCAAGAGCGCUGCCCUACGAAACAGUCUUAACCGACAUUUACGACUCCAGUCGGCCAACACUUAUGGGGCAACACUUAUCGUGGACUGCGAUAGUAAGGGUCGGGUCCGGACCGAUACCAUAGAGGACAACAUACAAGAGGCAACACAACUAUGAAAAACACUUCAUAUCAAUCAUUU